ACCGCUGGAUCAUUGUUCAGCAACAGUCGCAAGGUGGUUCCUCCGUUCUCCAGUACCUUCUUCGGUUGACAUCUCGAAGCGGCGAACACGCGGCUCUCCUCGCGUACGAACGCGCGAACCGAGACACGUCCCGAACCAAAUAUCGAAGUAGCGAGGACUAACCGGAGUCGGAAUCCGCGAUCGCGAUUAACAACGCCGAAACGAAGAUAACCGAGUCUAUUUCGUGUUUCUUUCUCCAUUUGGAUAUCGCAAGUGCCAGCCGGAUCGCGGAAACAUGGGCGCGGAAACAGUCGACACCGGGGGUGUCUACAAAACACCCGUCGCGAGACCGGAAGUCCUCAGACACGACGGGAAGUUGCCCGGAAACAUGGAGCGCGGAUUGCACGAGCGUGACCGAGUCGGCGUUCAAGACUUCGUCCUACUUGAGGACUUCCGCAGCGAGUCCGCCUUCAUCAAUAAUCUGCGCAAACGAUUCAACGAGGAUCUCAUUUACACGUACAUCGGCCAGGUGCUAGUGUCGGUGAAUCCUUACAAGAAACUGCCCAUCUACACCCCGGAGACCAUCCUUUACUAUCACGGGAGAAAUUUCUUCGAGGCGCCUCCUCACAUUUUCGCUCUCGCGGACACUGCCUAUCAAUCCCUCGCUAAGGAGAAUCGCGAUCAAUGCAUCCUGAUUUCAGGCGAAUCGGGAUCCGGGAAAACGGAGGCGUCUAAGAAGGUCUUGGAGUUUAUCGCGGCUGCUACCGGACAUAAAAAGCAGGUGGAAGAGGUGAACGAUAAAUUGAUUGGCAGCAAUCCCGUGCUGGAAGCCUUCGGUAAUGCAAAGACCAAUCGCAAUGACAAUUCGUCUCGCUUUGGCAAGUACAUGGACGUUCAGUUCAAUUUCCAGGGAGAUCCAGUCGGUGGAAAUAUCUUAAAUUAUUUAUUGGAGAAGUCUCGAGUGGUCCAUCAAUCGGUUGGCGAGCGGAAUUUCCAUAUCUUUUAUCAGCUGUUAGCGGGUGCGGAUGACGACACGCUGCGAAAACUGUUCUUGAAAAGAAACCUCGACACGUUCUUCUACCUGAGCAACGGGACGAAAGGUACGGUGGACACCAUCGAUGACGCUAAUCAGUACAAGGAAGUUAUCCGGGCCAUGAGGACCAUGGAGAUGUCUCAGCAGGAGCAGAAUGACCUGUUUGCCAUAGUCGCGUCGGUGCUGCACAUGGGUAACGUGGGCUUCUCGGAAGAGGACGGCGUAGCGACUAUUCUGAAACCCGCGUCCGUCGAUGCCGUCGCUACGCUGCUAGGAUGCGACGUGGAGCGACUGGCAAAGGCGUUUACUCAUCGCACCAUAGAUGCUCAUGGUGACGUGGUGGUUUCACCCUUGAAUAGGGAAUUGGCCAUUUAUGCGAGAGACGCGCUGGCCAAGGCCGUGUACGACAGAUUAUUCACCUGGCUCGUGACUAGACUUAACAAGUCUUUACAACCCCAGACUAAUCCUCGGCGCAAAAUGGUCAUGGGCAUUUUGGACAUUUAUGGUUUUGAAAUCUUUCAGAAGAACAGCUUCGAGCAGUUCUGUAUUAACUUUUGCAACGAGAAAUUGCAACAACUGUUUAUCCAACUGACAUUAAAGUCGGAGCAGGAGGAAUAUCUGCGCGAAGGGAUAACUUGGGAGAACAUAGAAUAUUUCAAUAAUAAAAUCAUUUGCGACCUGAUUGAAGAGAAAUAUAAAGGAAUGAUAUCAUUAAUGGACGAGGAGUGUUUACGACCUGGAGAACCAACGGAUAUGAGCUUCCUAGAAAAGUUGAACGUAAAUCUGAACAACCAUCCUCAUUACAUUAGCCAUCAAAAGGCUGAUAUACGAACGCAGAAGAUUAUGGGACGAGACGAAUUCAGAUUGGUGCAUUACGCCGGCGAUGUUACAUACAACGUACGCGGAUUCCUCGAGAAAAAUAAUGAUUUGCUAUUUCGAGAUUUACGCGAAAUUAUGUCACAUACAACGAAUUCCAUCACAAAAACUGUAUUCGACGUGAAAGAUUUAACCAGUAAGAAACGCCCGGAGACUGCCAUAACUCAGUUUAAAAAUAGUUUGAACAAUCUGGUUGAGAUUCUCAUGGGUAAAGAACCGUCUUACAUUCGUUGCAUCAAACCUAACGAUUUCAAGAUGGCCAACAAAUUCAACGAAAAGAUCGUGUUGCAUCAAGUGAAGUAUUUGGGCCUGAUGGAGAAUUUGCGAGUGAGACGCGCCGGUUUCGCAUAUCGAAGACCGUACGAGCAAUUCUUACAGCGUUAUAAGUGCCUCUGCUCGGAAACCUGGCCGAAUUAUCACGGCCCGGCCAAGGAGGGCGUGCAGACACUCGUGUGCCAUCUCGGCUACGAGUGCGACGAUUACAGGAUGGGAAACACCAAGUUAUUCAUCCGAUUUCCUAAAACGUUAUUCGACACGGAGGACGCGUUCCAAAUGAAGAAGCACGAGAUAGCUGCCAUUAUCCAGAGCAAAUGGAAGGGUAUAUUAACGAGGAGGAAAUAUUUAGAAAAGCGAGAAGCAACGAUCGUUUUCCAAAAAUAUAUUCGCAGGUGGCUCGCGAAACGCAGUGCCACAAAACGACGACAGGCAGUUGCCACUGUCCGCAGAUUCAUCGAAGGCUUCAUAACACGGGAUGGAGCGCCUACAGAAAUUAACAAGGCAUUUAUUGAAUUGGCGAAAUCACAAUGGCUUAUCAGACUUUCGAAGACAUUGCCACCGGGUGUCUUAAAUAAAUAUUGGCCGCCAUGUCCAUAUUCUUGUCAAGAGGCAUCAGAGUAUUUACGCGUAAUGCACAGGCGAUGGAAAGCCCGUCAUUAUCGAAUGGCGCUAAGCAAGGAGGAGAAGGAACAAUUCGAGUUGAAGAUACUCGCAGAGUCUCUGUUCAAGAAUAAGAAGAAAUCUUACGCGAAGAGUGUAGGUCCGAGAUUUGUAACCGAUCGUCUCGGUGAGGAGUACAAAGCACUGCGGCAAAGCUUUAUCAGCAACAUUUUAACAUCCGGAGAACAUAUAAAGUACGCCACUCCCGUCAUCAAGUACGAUCGACACGGCUAUAAGCCGCGCGAGAGGGUGCUCAUUUUAACAGAGAAUGCCGUAUAUAUUCUCGACACUCUCAAGACCUUCAAGCUUAAGCAUCGUCUACCUUACAAGGCUAUCGAGGAGUUGGUCGUCACCGGGGAAUCGGAUAAUUUACUCAUCGUUAGGAUACCACCCGAAUUGAAAAAGGACAAGGGUGACUUGAUCUUAGAAGUUCCGCAUCUAAUAGAAGCGUUAACGAAAGCGAUCGAUAUCACCAAUAAUCCCAACAUUCUCAAGAUCGUCAAUACCGAAUCUGUGUCCCACAAACUAGUCAGCGGUAAGGAGGGAGUCAUCGAAGUCAGGACCGGUGCCACUCCGGCGAUCAGUAAAAAUCGACAGAGCGGGCACUUAUUAGUGGUAAGGAUACGAAAUCCGAACUGAUCCUUUAGAGCAAACGUUUUUCCAUCGCACUCAUUUCAACAAACCGUCGGAUUUCAGGUCGCUUCUCCGUGAGACCUGAAGAAAUCUCUCGGUGCUACGAUGCUCGGAGCAGCCUUAACGCAAUGUGAUUUAGAGAAUACGGCGACAGAACAUUAAGAAGAGAUAAUAUAUGACACUUGGAUACAUUUUUAAAUUACUCCGGCGAUUUUGUACCUUAUCAUGAAAGGAUGAUAGAACGACAAUACAUAGGGUCUUUCAUUCCGACGUAUACUGCAGAUUACGUCCGAAUCUUGUCGAAAGUAUGAAAGGCGCAGAGUGCCAUAGCGCCUCCUGUAUAAUAUUCCCUUGUAAAUUAGGUAAUAUUAUUGAAUACGAUAUUUAUUCUGAUAGCAAGGAGGAAACUGACCGGGCUGGCGAGUUCGUUUGUCAGGUAAUUUGUAAACGUUAUUUAAAUAUAGGCUAAGCCUCGGUUACGCCAGCGCGAUAAACGGAAA